AUGGCUCCUGUGCUUGUUUCUCCUAUCAAUGUUGGACACAUUGAUGAUGUCCAAGAACUCAGAAGAACUAAACCCAGAGAUAUUCCUGAAAGAUUUGUAAGAGAUGUCAAUGAAGGAACACAACUUGUUUCUGAUACAUCUUGUGAUAUGCCCAUCAUUGAUUUCUCAGAGUUUCUCAAAGGAACCAGAGGGGAAUGCCGCCAGGAAGUUCUGAAGCUUUCUGCAGCUUGUGAAGAAUGGGGAUUUUUUCAGGUGAAAAAUUACGGGGUUGGUCGGGAACUUGUGGAGAGGAUGGUAGAGAUGAGCAAGGAAUUUUUCAUGCUGCCUGUAGGAGAGAAGCAGGAAUAUCCAAUGAUUCCAGGCACAGUACAAGGAUACGGGCAAGCUUUUGUUUUCUCAGAGAAUCAGAAGCUAGAUUGGUGCAACAUGUUUGCUCUUGCAAGAUGA